UAAUAAUUUUGCUGAAUAGUGAAUACCCUCAUUAAAGUCUACUAUACUAGUAAUAGUAGCAGUACUAUUUUUUGGCCAUGGAUACAACCAUUAAAACCACAAGAAAAGUUGCAGAGAAUCUCCAGUCAAGUCUAAAGAUAGACUCAUACUUCUGUACAAAUACAAGCAGCAGUAGCUGUAAUAGUUACUACAGUGAGUUAACUCAAAGAUAAUGGGUAGUUGAGAGAGAGAAAAAAGAAACAAUAUUUUAGUGUGUAUAGAGAGAGAGAGAUGAAAAGGGGAGAAAAAAGUGGGGUUGAGACAGCAGAAAAGCAAGAAAAUUUAGGGGAAAAGUUGAAGAAAAUAGGGAAAAGAGGGGGACAUAACACACCAGUAAUACCCUUUUUGAGGCUCCAAAAUUAUCAUCAUCAUAAUAAUAGUAGUGCUACUGUUGUUGUUCAAGAAAGUGAAAUUGGAGAAACCCCUUUUCAUAAUUCUUCUGUUUCUGCUAGAAAACUUGCUGCAAUUCUUUGGGAGCUUCAUCACUAUAACAUACCAUUUUCUAAAAUGCAUAGUAGUAGUAAUAAUGUUGUUCCUCAUUCAAGAAUCAGACGUCUUCAGCCUUAUCACCACCAUAGAAAUCAUCUUUAUGAGGAUAGUAGUAGGGUUCUUGAACACCCUGAUCCUUCACCAAGUUCACCUGACCUGCCAGGAAGUGCAGGCAGUUUGAGGAGGCAUGUUGCUGCAUCAUUGAUGCAACAUCAUCGAUCAAUUGAAAGGACCAACCAUGCAAUUCAACCUGUAUCUCCUGCAAGCUAUGGAAGUUCAAUGGAGAUUGCACCUUACAACGCUGCAGCAACACCAACUAGUUCUAUAGAUUUGAAAGGGAGAAUUGGAGAGGCAAGUUACAGCCUAAAAACAUCUACGGAACUACUAAAAGUACUGAAUCGAAUCUGGAGCCUGGAAGAGCAGCACGCAUCCAACAUGUCACUCGUGAAAGCAUUAAAGAAAGAACUAGAUCAUGCUCGUGUCCGGAUCAAGGACUUGGUGCGACAUCAGCAAGUGGAUAGACAUGAAAUAGAUGAAUUGAUGAAGCAGAUAACAGAGGAAAAAGUGGUAAGGAAAAGUAAGGAGCAAGAUCGGAUUAAUUCUGCUAUUCAAUCUGUCAGAGAUGAACUGGAAGAUGAAAGGAAGCUAAGAAAACGCUCAGAGACCCUGCAUCGGAGGCUAGCUAGGGAGCUGUAUGAGGUGAAAACAUCUCUUGCUAAUGCUUUGAAAGAAAGGGACAAAGAGAAAAAAUCGCGACAACUUCUGGAAGACCUCUGUGAUGAGUUUGCCUGGGGAAUAAGACAUUAUGAGCAAGAGCUUCAUUCUGUAAGACAGAAAUCUGACAAGGAUUGGACUGAAAGGACUAAUGGCGAUCAACUAAUUCUGCACAUUGCUGAAGCAUGGCUUGAUGAACGGAUGCAGACAAAAGUGGAACCUCAAUGUGGUCAAGGUGAUAAAAGCUCAAUCGUAGAAAAAUUCAGGUCUGAAAUAGAGACCUUUCUUCAAACUAAACAAACUGAUAUCAGGAAUAAUGGUCGCUUAGGGAAUCCCACCGACCGAAGAGGUUCUCUGGUUUCUAUCCCUCUUAAUGUUCCUGGAAGUGCUCCACAAGAUGAGGGUGACGACGACGAUUCGGUUAGCAGUGAUUCGCACUGUUUUGAGUUGCAAAAACCAAGUGCUGCUGAAGAAACAAUGAGGCCAAAUUACAUUUUGAGGAAACCUGCGUUACACGAAAGGUCAAAAGGUAGCAGCGUGUCUAACUUGCAAGUGAAGUUUGAAGAACAGAUGGCUCGAGCUUCAUUACCAAGUGAAAGCAGGAACCAGCUUGACGAUAAGGAUCCGGGAGAAACUAGUGAAAAGAACCAAGUUGAAAUUAGCACUUCGAAGAAGUUCGAUAUAUGUGAAGUAACAGAAGAAAGUAAUAGUUCUGGGAAAAGGAAUAAAGCUGAUGGAACACCGGGAGUCAACUCAAAUUGUAUGAUUGAUGAAUUAAUUAGAAGUCACUAUUUAUUGUCAGAAGGUGGAAACAUGCCACCUGAAAAUGAUUAUGAGUUAGCUUCUUAUGGAACUUCAGUCAGGAAUGCUCGGGCUAGUCCGGUCAGGCAAUGGACGGAGAAGCUUCCUCCCUCACGUGAGAACAUAUCUGAGUCAUCAACUAAAUUGCCACCAGAUUUAAAGGAGAAUACUUUGAAGGCCAAACUACUGGAAGCAAGAACAAGGGGUCAACGUUCACGAUCACGUUUGAAAGGCACCAAGAUUUCCUUCUAGUUCUAAUGUUUAAAUGCUUUGGUAGCUUGAAACAGCAUAAUGCAUGUCAGUAUUAUGGAAAUAUGUACACCAGAUAAAUAGUCGGUGCAUGUCAAGUCAACAACAUAUAUAGAUGAGAUGAAGCAAAAUAUUUACUUCUGAAUCCUAACGGAUCCUUUUGUAACGAUGGAUGAGAUGGCAAGUUCAACUGUAACAGCUCAAUAUCAUGUUCGAGUGCCUCCACGGAGAUCUGGAUGUUCUGUUUAAGUGUGGUUAUUAAAGAAUCUUGUUACAUUAGCUGCACAUCAUGUACAUUUUACAGAAAGGUUACUACUUUCCUUCAGUGUACAUGGAACUUUUGUUUAUAUUGAA